UGCCACGAGGCCGCACUAUAACCGCGUGGCCCGCGCGCGCGCUUCCUUCCCGGCGAGGUCACCGGCGCGGGCUAUGGCUGCAUCUUCCCUCAUGUCCGCGUUGGCUGCCCGGCUACUGCAGCCCGCGCACAGCUGCUCCCUUCGCCCUCGCCCCUUCCACCUCGCGGCAGUUCGAAAUGAAGCUGUUGUCAUUUCUGGAAGGAAACUGGCCCAGGAGAUCAAGCAGGAAGUGCGGCAGGAGGUAGAAGAGUGGGUGGCCUCAGGCAACAAGCGGCCACACCUGAGCGUGAUCCUGGUUGGCGAGAAUCCUGCAAGUCACUCCUACGUCCUCAACAAAACCAGGGCAGCUGCAGAUGUGGGAAUCAACAGUGAGACAAUUGUGAAACCAGCUUCAAUUUCAGAGGAAGAAUUGUUGAAUUUAAUCAAUAAACUGAAUAAUGAUGAUAAUGUAGAUGGCCUCCUUGUUCAGCUGCCUCUUCCAGAGCAUAUUGAUGAGAGAAGGAUCUGCAAUGCUGUUUCUCCAGACAAGGAUGUUGAUGGCUUUCAUGUAAUUAAUGUAGGGCGAAUGUGUUUGGACCAGUAUUCCAUGUUACCGGCUACCCCAUGGGGUGUUUGGGAAAUAAUUAAGCGAACUGGUAUUCCAACCUUAGGGAAGAAUGUGGUUGUGGCUGGAAGGUCAAAAAAUGUUGGAAUGCCCAUUGCAAUGUUACUGCACACAGAUGGGGCACAUGAACGUCCUGGAGGUGAUGCCACUGUUACAAUAUCUCAUCGAUAUACUCCCAAAGAGCAGUUGAAGAAACAUACAAUUCUUGCAGAUAUUGUAAUAUCUGCUGCAGGUAUUCCAAAUCUGAUCACAGCAGAUAUGAUCAAGGAAGGAGCAGCAGUCAUUGAUGUGGGAAUAAAUAGAGUUCAUGAUCCUGUAACUGCCAAACCCAAGUUGGUUGGAGAUGUGGAUUUUGAAGGAGUCAGACAAAAAGCCGGGUAUAUCACUCCAGUUCCUGGAGGUGUUGGCCCCAUGACAGUGGCAAUGCUAAUGAAGAAUACCAUUAUUGCUGCAAAAAAGGUGCUGAGGCUUGAAGAGCGAGACGUGAAGUCUAAAGAGCUUGGAGUAGCCACUAAUUAACUAUUGUGUCUUCUGUGUCACAAACAGCACUCCAGGCCAGCUGAAGAAGCAAAGCAGGCCAAUAGAAAUGCAAUAUUUUUAAUUUAUUCUACUGAAAUGGUUUAAAAUGAUGCCUUGUAUUUAUUGAAAGCUUAAAUGGGUGGGUGUUUCUGCACAUACCUCUGCAGUACCUCACCAGGGAGCAUUCCAGUAUCAUGCAGGGUCCUGUGAUCUAGCCAGGAGCAGCCAUUAACCUAGUGAUUAACGUGGGAGACAUUACCAUAUGGAGAAUGGAUGCUUCACUUUGUCAAACUCGGUUACACAUUUGCCUUUUCUAGGAUUGCAUUUCCCAAGUGCUAUUCUAAUAACAGUUGAAUACUCAUUUUAGGUACCAAACCUUUUGAGUUCAACUGACCAAACCAAAGGAAAAGUGUUGCUAGAGAAAAUUAGGGAAAAGGUGAAAAAGAAAAAAUAGUAGUAAUUGAGCAGAAAAAAAAUUAUUCUAAUUUAUAUGUGUAUUGAUUGGUAACCAGAUUUAUCUAAGUAGAACUGAAUUGGCUAGAGGAAAAAAGAAAAACUACAUGUUAAUUGUUUUCCUAAGCUGUCUUUUUGAAGCUUAGUCAUUGGGAAAAUGUUUAGGAUUAUUCCUUGCUAUUAGUACUCAUUUUAUGUAUGUUACCCUUCAGUAAGUUCUCCCCAUUUUAGUUUUCUAGGAUUGAAAGGCUUCUUUUAUACAUUAUUCAUGUGUGUUGUCAUAUUUGGCUUUUGCUAUAUACUUUAACUUUAUUGUUAAAUUUUUGUAUUGUAUAGUUUCUUUGGUGUAUCUUAAAACCUAUUUUUGAAAAACAAACUUAGCUUGAUAAUCAUUUGGGCAGCUUGGGUAAGUAUGCAACUUACUUUUCCACCAAAGAACUGUCAGCAACUGCCUGUUUUUCUGUGAUGUAUGUACCCUGUUGACUUUUCCAUAAAUUUUUUAAGAGUUUGAGUUAAUAUUGAAUUUAAUUAGACUUUCUGAUUAAAUGUUUUUUUUUUCUUUUUUAAUAAAACACAUCUGUCUGGUGUGGUAUGAAUUUCUGAAA